UCAAUACGCGAAGGCGAUUUGUAAUUUUGCUUUGUUUUUUAAACUGUUGCUCGUGCCAGUUGUUUGCUCGACAGCAUCGCGCUGCGUCAAUUCAGAAAUAAUUCAGAAUAAAUAAAAUAAGUACUUAAUUUCGAAAUGGGUUGCGCCACGGGCACUAUUAAAUACGCAUUGUUUAUAUUCAAUGCGCUAUGGGCAAUACUUGGCAUAUUGGUCAUUGGGCUUGGGGGCCUGGGCUGGGGCGCCAUGCCCCAGACACACGCCAUUAGCAUCAUUGUGCUCGGCUGCGUAAUGUUGUUCAUUUCAUUUUUCGGCUGUUUUGGAGCUCUGCGGGAGUCAUCGCGCUUGCUCUGGACGUAUGCCACACUGUUGCUUGUGCUGCUCGUGCUAAUUGUGGCCCAGAUGUUCAUUGGCACACGUGAUGUUUUCAAGGAGUAUGCCAUUAAAACGGUCGAGGAUUCGUGGGUGCAGGAGCUGACCACACCGGGCAGCAUGAAUCUCAUACAGAAGACGUACAACUGUUGUGGACGAAAUGGGGCUGAUGACUAUGUAAAGAUCGGCCGUUUGCCGCCAUCAAGCUGCUGCAAGGAUAGCAACUGCAUUAACCCAUUGAACUUAUUUACCACCGGCUGUCUGACCAAAGUUGAGGACGCCUUUGCUGAUGAAGCACAAACCAGACAAUACUACGAAUGGGGCAUGCUGGGCUUUGAUUUAAUCAUACUGGUAUUGGCCGUAAUACUUGCCAUACACUACACAAAUCGGAGACGCCGCUAUAACUAUUAGUAAGCAGCCGCUUACUUAAGUCAAUUCCUUUAAGUCUUACACUUAAGUGUAACCUGAACAUUUUAUUGUUAGCCUAACAACUUGUCACCAAUGUACCUACAUACGUUUAAAAUUGAAGCACACAUAGCAGUGUUUUGUGUCCACUUGCCAAGCAAACUAAUGCCUCGAAUAAACUACACUCAUACUACUACUUAUGUAUGUACGAGUAUAUGUAACUAAAGUCAUACUCAAA